AUGGCUCAGUGCGUCACCAAGGUCCAGCUGUCCAUUUCUUGUGCCGAUCUCUUGGAUAAGGAUAUAGGAUCCAAGUCCGAUCCGCUGUGUGUUGUGCUACAAAGCGUCGGGGAUGGAAAAUGGUCAGAGUGUCUCGGGACAGAGAGGGUGAAGAACUGUCAGAGCCCGGAGUUCUCCACAAAGCCGGUCAUCGACUAUUACUUUGAGAAAGUGCAGAGCAUCAAGUUUGGCGUUUACGACAUCGACAACAAGUCCGUGGACCUGAAUGAUGACGACUAUUUGGGAGGGUACGAGUGCACGCUGGGCCAGAUUGUGUCCAAUCGUAAACUAAAGGGGGCGCUGGAGCUGAAGAAGGGGAAACCUGCGGGGAAGGGAACAAUAACAAUCAUCGCUGAGGAGAUCAAGGACACCCGAGUUGUGAAUCUGGAAGUGGAAGCGAGGAAUCUGGAUAAAAAGGACUUAUUUGGUAAAUCUGAUCCAUUCUUGGAACUGUUCAGACAAGGAGAUGAUGGGUCCUGGCAGCUGGCGUACAGAUCAGAGGUUAUCAAGAACAAUCUGAAUCCCUGCUGGAAGAAGUUCAGUGUUCCCCUGCAGAGUUUAUGUGGUGGGGACUUGAACAAACCCAUCAAGGUGCACUGCACUGACUAUGAUAGCGAUGGCUCUCAUGACUUAAUAGGGAUAUUUGAGACGAACUUGUCUCAGCUGCAGAAGGCAGGCGGAGGCCCCCCGGUGGAAUUUGAUUGUAUAAAUCCCCAGAAGAAGCAGAAGAAGAAGGGUUAUAAGAACUCCGGUGUUGUGCGGGUCAAGAGCUGCAAAAUAGACGUGGAGUAUUCCUUCUUAGAUUACGUCAUGGGCGGCUGCCAGAUCAACUUCACAGUAGGAAUUGACUUUACAGGCUCCAAUGGAGACCCCCGAUCUCCGGACUCGCUGCACUUCAUCAGCCCAAAUGGUGUCAAUGAAUAUCUGACCGCAAUCUGGUGCGUGGGCAACGUGGUCCAGGACUACGACACAGACAAACAGUUCCCGGCUUUUGGGUUUGGAGCCCAGGUCCCACCGGACUGGAAGGUAUCUCAUGAAUUUGCCUUGAACUUCAACCCCAGCAAUCCUUACUGCGCAGGUGUACAGGGCGUAGUGGACGCUUACCGCCAAGCUCUGCCCCAGGUCCGGCUGUACGGCCCAACAAACUUCUCCCCCAUCAUCAACCAUGUGACCAGGUUUGCCUCCUCUGUGGCGCAACAAAAAACUGCAUCUCAAUACUUUGUUCUAUUAAUCAUCACCGAUGGGGAGAUCACCGACCUGAAUGACACCCGGAACGCCAUUGUCCAGGCCUCCAAGCUCCCCUUGUCGAUCAUCAUCAUCGGCGUCGGCAGCGCAGACUUUAAAGCCAUGGAGUUUCUCGAUGGAGACAAUGGAGUCCUGAAAUCUUCCAGCGGGGAGCCCGCCGCUCGCGACAUCGUUCAGUUUGUGCCAUUCCGCCAAUUCCAGAAUGCCCCCCGUGAAGCGCUGACUCAGGCCGUACUUGCUGAGAUCCCGAAGCAGCUGGUCUCCUACUUCAAGGUUCUGGGAAUGCCCCCGAUGAAUCCCCCACAACAGAAGACCGCAUAGGAAAAACAGAUGAUCCACGUAUCCAAGGUGCUGUUACAACCAGAAGACGUUACCGUACAGAAGCCAUCCCCGUCAUCCUCUCUAUUAAGACUUUUUUCCUAGUUAGGGUCUGGUCUCUUCCGUUCUUUGCCGACGUGGCAGGACAAUCCACCAUCAAUGGAUGUUGCUAGUGACAAUCGGUAACACUGAGGCCGUGGCAGUCCCGCCAUCUUGCUUUUUGUAGAGGGUUUGACUUGGGUAUUAGCUUCUUGGGGUUUCUUACUAUGCACAGUGUUGGAUCUUCUCUUAGAUGAAGUCUUGCGUGAGGUUUUCGGCUACAAUGAUAUAUCCUGUAUAUGAAUCUUUUCUCAGCAUUUCUAGGCAGAGGUUUAGGAGUAACAGAUGUGGCCCCCAAUGAGGGACAUCUACUAUAACGAUGGAGAAGAUCUAGGAAAUGCAUCUAGUUAGUCUAUAGAACAGAGUCAGACACGUCCACAUUCCACAGCUGCAGACCAUUUUCCAGUCUGAUUCUGGAUGGUGUCAUCUGUGACUCGAGAGGAUGACUCUAGUGCAGUGGCCCCCAACCUGGUCCUCAAAGGGGUACUCCGCCCCUAGACACUCAGCUGCGGCACUCCAGACAUCCGAUGCACGGAGCGAACUUCGCUCCGUGCCAGAUGACUGGCGGGGCGGAGGCUCGUGAUGCCACAGCCACGCCACACUUGUGACGUCACAGCCACGCCCCCUCGGUGCACGACUAUGGGACAUCAGUCACUCCCCCCUCCCAUAGACUUGCAUAGAAGUGACGUGGCCGUGACUUCACAAGCCUCCGGCGCUGCACCCGACGCUCUAAACGAAUGCCGGGUGCAGACAUCUUGUCCCCUAUCCUUUAUAUUGGGGAUAAGAUGUCUAGGGGUGGAGUACCCCUUUAAGGCUCCACAAACAUUCUGUUUUUUUUUUUUCAGUUUUUACCUGGAAAAAAUUAAAUCCUGGACUGUGCGUGGCCCUGAGGACCUCUGGUCUAGUGGGUACACCUAAGGGACAUUAGUGCAUUACAUGUAGGAAAAGUGGGAGCGUUCCUGAAAUCCCAUUGACCCAACCACAAACAGUCAGAUAUUUUGCCUUCCAGUUACCGGUCUACAGUAAACCCCUGAAACACACCAGACUGUGCACAUAAUGUCAUAGAUGGUAAAGUCAUGUUUCGGCAAAAGUGGCUUUUCACAAGCUGCACUUUAGGAUUCGCUUCUACUUUUAGAUAUUUGUGAGUGGCCUCUAUUCAUGAUCGGUGCGGGGGACCCUCAACAUCUAACCAUAGCCAUCCCCUAGUAUCUCUAUAGGACCUCAGGUGGCUAUCCUGGAGUAUAUUACUAGGGUUCCAGGUGGCCAUCACGAGUGUCUCAAUAGGGCCUCAGGUAAUGAUCCCAGAGUAUCUCAGUGGAGCUCUAGGUGGUCAGUUCUCAAGUAUCUUAACGGGGCCUCAGCUGGCCAUCCUGAGUAUCUCAGUAGGUCGUCAUUCCAGAGUAUCUCAAUGGGGCCUCCCGUAAUGAUCCCAGAGUAUCUCAGUGGAUCUCCAGGUGGUCAAUUCUCAAGUAUCUUAAUGGGGCCUCAGCUGGCCAUCCCCAGUAUCUCAGUAGGUGUCAUCCCCGAGUAUCUCAACGGGACCUCAGGUGCCCCCCCCCCCCCCCCCCAGUAUCUAAAUGAGGUCUCAGGUGGCCAUCCCAGAGUAUCUCAAUGGCCCCUCAGGUAAUGAUCCCCCGAGUAUCUCAAUGGGCCCUCAGGUAAUGAUCCCCCGAGUAUCUCAAUGGGCCCUCAGGUAAUGAUCCCCCGAGUAUCUCAAUGGGCCCUCAGGUAAUGAUCCCCCGAGUAUCUCAAUGGGCCCUCAGGUAAUGAUCCCCCGAGUAUCUCAAUGGGCCCUCAGGUAAUGAUCCCCCGAGUAUCUCAAUGGGCCCUCAGGUAAUGAUCCCCCGAGUAUCUCAAUGGGCCCUCAGGUGGCCAUCCCAGAUUAUCUGAUUUUCUCAUUGGUGGUAGAUGGUUCCUUGUAUUAAACAUUUGCAUUUAACAGGAUUAGAUGACAUUUUAUGUAACACUGACGUUCGCUAUGCAUUGGCCUGUAUUAUUAGGUGCCUUCUUACUAUCCUCCAAGGUAUAGAGCUUUUUUGACGCCAUAUUUAUAGCACUUUUCAGGAAUACUUUAUCUUUUAGACGUAAAUAACAAUAAUUCUUCCUAUUCCUCGUAUAUCUUGCCAUUUUCCUUUCUGUUCUAUAUUUCAGCAGUCCUUGUAUCAUGUCCUUCACUUUAUACUCUGCUCCGGCCUUAGACAUAAACUAGACGGCUAGAAUCACCACGGAUUGUUUUUUAUUUUUGUAGUAUCCCCAUAUUGGUUUUGUGCUAUUUUUUUUUCAUAGAAAUGCCAAAUAAAAUAUACAAAUAUA